GGGUGGUGCAUUGUUAACCAGCCCGAGCGGACCAGGCUACCACAUCAUGCUGCCGUUCAUUACCACUUUCAAAUCUGUGCAGACCACAUUGCAGACUGAUGAAGUGAAAAACGUGCCUUGUGGGACAAGUGGCGGCGUUAUGAUCUACAUCGACCGAAUAGAAGUUGUGAAUAAAUUGGCACCGUACGCAGUGUAUGAUAUUGUGAGAAACUACACUGCGGACUACGAUAAGACCUUGAUCUUCAACAAAAUUCAUCAUGAGCUGAAUCAGUUCUGCAGUGCCCAUACCCUACAGGAAGUAUACAUUGAACUGUUUGAUCAGAUAGAUGAGAAUCUGAAGUUGGCCCUGCAGAAAGAUCUCAAUCUCAUGGCACCAGGUCUCACUAUUCAGGCUGUGCGUGUUACAAAACCCAAAAUCCCAGAAGCCAUCCGAAGAAAUUUUGAGCUAAUGGAGGCUGAGAAGACCAAGCUACUGAUUGCAGCCCAGAAGCAGAAGGUGGUAGAGAAGGAGGCAGAGACAGACCGGAAGAAGGCGCUCAUUGAGGCAGAGAAGGCUGCUCAGGUGGCCAGGAUUCACUAUCAGCAGAAGAUCAUGGAGAAGGAGACAGAGAAGCGCAUUUCUGAGAUUGAAGAUGCUGCGUUCCUGGCAAGAGAGAAAGCAAAAGCUGAUGCAGAGUACUACACCGCUCAGAAGCUGGCAGAUUCCAACAAGCUGAAACUUACCCCUGAGUAUCUGGAACUAAUGAAAUACCAAGCGAUAGCUGCGAACAGCAAGCUUUAUUUUGGUGACCGCAUUCCCGGCGUGUUUCUCGAUGCCUGUGCCUUCCAGCAAGCCAAUCUGAGAACUGCCCAAGAACCAGUCUCCCUUCACAGGAUGCCCCAGAGACCUCUGGAGAAAGCCACCUCAGAGCAAAGGAAAGCACUGGCUGAGGGAGUCGCGGUGCGGCAGUCGGCCCUGGUGCAGUUCACUGGAUGGGGGCUGGUUGGUGGUGACUCUCCAAGCACUCGCCGGUUGGUGCCAGCAUCUGUCUCGGGCACCAUCCGCAGCCUCAGG